AUUUGAUGGUCUUGCCGCGCCAGUAAUAAAAGCUGACCAGGCAGAGGCGGAGGAUUGCUCUGCGUGGAAGAUGAGGGGAUGUGCUCGUUUGCAUAUGUUCGCGUACAGUCGUCGUCCUAUGUGGCCGGACAUAAUUUUCGGGUCAUCCUGGAACACUCUUUCACUAUCGGAAGAGUGUCAGCGUCCUGGGAUGAAGGAGAGAGUGUUGCUGAUUGAAAUCCUGUUCAAGUUCUACGAAGUUGAAAUAAAUCCAAGUAAAAACCAUGAAAUCAUGGUGAGAUGUUUGUCUGGUUUGCAUCCGAUCGACCGUUUUCCCACACUUUUUCAUUUUAUUUUUCGGCGUCAACAACGAUAACGAUAUAACCUAUGCGUGAAAGACGGAAUCAAAUAGCCCAUUUUAAUUCUGUAUUUACAUUGUUAAACCCUACAUAAACUUGUACUCGCUCCGUGUACAGCACUACAGUACUUGGAAAAUGCCUGCACCAACCGCACGGAUCAGGCACCACCCAGAGGAGGGUACAGAUACUAAUCAGACACCCGCUUCAGUUUCUCAUAACGCCCCUCGACAUGAGGAAGACAUCCUAAUCGACACAAACGCCGCGCCUCCCACAGAACCCUCUUCACAAGCUAAACAAAACCGCCUCGAACCAAAUCAAGAAGAAGAUACAGAAAUGCAAAUCGACCUUGAAGGUCGUCCUGUCUUCACUCCCGCAACUCCAUCCCAAGGCGCCUACCGUGUAGAAACCCGCAAAGUUCCUGUCCCUCCACACCGCAUGACCCCCCUCAAAGCCACAUGGCCCAAGAUCUACCCACCCCUCGUCGAACACCUCAAACUCCAAGUACGCAUGAACAUCAAGAACCGCUCCGUUGAGCUACGCACGUCAAAACACACCACCGACACCGGCGCGCUGCAGAAGGGCGAGGACUUUGUAAAAGCGUUCACACUCGGGUUUGAUGUCGACGAUGCCAUUGCGCUAUUGCGGCUAGAUGAUUUGUAUAUCGAGACGUUUGAGAUUAAGGAUGUAAAGACUCUUGGGGGGGAGCAUUUGGGGCGCGCGGUUGGGCGGAUUGCGGGAAAAGAUGGCAAAACGAAGUUUGCGAUUGAGAAUGCCAGUCGGACGCGUGUUGUGCUUGCGGAUCAGAAGAUCCAUAUUCUGGGCGGAUUUCAGAAUAUUCACGUUGCGAGGGAGGCGAUUGUUAGUUUGAUUUUGGGAAGUCCGCCGGGCAAGGUCUAUGGAAACUUACGAACUGUGGCGUCGCGGAUGAAAGAGCGGUUUUGAGCGAAUGGCUCCUGGAAAUGAUACCUACAGUGGCAUAGCAACGGCGUUUUGGAGUUUCACUUUUUACCUUGAUAUCUUGAUAUCCACCCAGCUUGCCCGUUUGUAUGAAGGCAAUGAUAGGGUAAGAUGGGAAUUGGAUUUAACGAAAUCGGAUUAACAAAAGCAACGUUUUUAUGAACCAUAUUGAUUAUUUUUUAUCAUGACCUAAUAAAGGAAAUCGCAUUGUACUGAACGUUUGCUCGGCGAAUCACAAAAGAAAGCCAGAGGAGAAGAGAAAAACAAAACCAAAGCGCUCUAGAAAACCACCAUCUAAUCCUUCUUCAACGGGUGGUGAACCUCCUGUAUCCCCUCUGUCGUAAUCACCAUAACCUGCAACCCGUCGCCAACCUCAAUAUGUCUCUCCACUGCACUCGUAAACGCAUCCUUGACCAGCUGCAGCGCAACAUCCCUCGGAGGUGGCACAGGCUCUCGGGGCUGUUUAUCCAUCGCGUUCCCCUCCCCAGAUCCUGGAAUAAAUUGAUUCUUAAAAUUGACCUGAUUAUCCAAGAAUGGCAUAAUCAAGCUCGCCGCCGCACCGGCGGCCCUGCAAUACUCCCUCUCAUAUGAACCAACGGGAUCGUAGCUGUACAACGCACCCUUACCCUCCUCAUCAAUACCAGCCAGGAUCGCGUGCACAUAGUAGGGGAAAAAGCGUUUCGAGUAGAGGAUGGUAGCCAGGCGCUGCGCACAAGCUUUCACGGACAUGGGCUUGCCAUGCCUGUACUUGUACAUUUUAACGAUGGCAUCAAGACGUUCUUUGAGGGCGCGGCCGUCUGCUGCGAAACCGACGACUGAUAGAACGAGGUGGGCACCUUCGCCGCCUUCAUUGUCUUCGCCUAUUUUGAAGAGCUUGGGCGCAUAGCGGGUGUUGAUGUUGUAGCCGGAGACGGAGCGCGUGUCACCUGCUAGGAUUGCGUAGUCUUUGCCUGCGAUGCCGAGUGUUGAGCCCCCGUUGUCGG